GCGAAAACACGUCCGUUUGUCUGUGUUGUUCUUGUUACCCUACUCACCACGACGCCUCCUCGUCCUCCUUCUAAUCCUGCUUGCUCGCUCGCUUGCCUGCCUCAGUGUGUUCUUUCUCAUCGUGAUCGGCGACGAAAUCUUUUCGCUGGUCGUCAAUCGGGCUACUCUCGGAACGCAGCGAUGAGCGUCACUUGCAAUUACCGCAUCUAGAUCCCAUUUUACACCACCUCUGUUCGUCUUUCAUGCUUCGUUGCUAAUUCUGCCGGACCAUUUCAAAUUCUCACCUAGUUUGGACAAUUGCGCAAAUUCGUUGAACUCAAGGACUUUGUGCGAAUUUGGGAGGGGAAUUGGUGGAGGGCUCGGGGGGUUUGGGGGCUGGAGGGAGAGGAAGUGGACGGAGGGGCGUUGUUCUGGAUUUCUUUGAAGAGCAGUCGUGGCUUACAACUACUAGCUGCUGGGUGUUGAAAUUUAGGGCGUAUAUGGGUCGAGACGCCUUGCGUUGUCUAAGUUACACUUUCUUUUUGCAUUGCAUACUCGUCUGUUAUACCUCUUCAGCAACAAUUACCUUUGGUAGAAGAUCGGAUUUGAUGGAAACACAAGCUGUCAAUUGGGGUGCGCUGGACGCUUUGGUUCUGGACUACGUAGAUCAAGAGCAGCUGCUCGAGGAUUCAGGGGGUGGCAGGCCAUAUGAUCCCAAUUUGAAUAAUCCGCGUGAAAUAAUUUCCAUCGUACGCUUACUUAUUGAAGCAGGGCACAUCACCGAAUCCCUGCAUCUGUUGCAGCAACAUGCUCAGAUAGUUUUAGAAGAUCCACGCCUUCUCUUUCGACUCUAUAAGCAGAAUUUUAUAGAGUUGUUGCGAGCUGGAGGCCCAAAUGCUCACAUGAAAGCCAUCGAGUGCUCACGCACUCACCUAGGCCCAUGCGCUUUGGAUGCUUAUCCUGAGGCAUACGACGAAUUCAAGCGUGUCCUUUUAGCGCUUAUGUAUGAUAAAGAUGAUGAGAGUUCACCCAUUGCUGAAGAGUGGUCCGAAGUCAGGAGGACUGAGCUGGCUGCAACGGUGUCGUCCACUCUCACAGCUCAAUUGCAGGCAUACGAUCCAUUACUCUCAUCGAUUGUCCGCUACUUGAUCAGUAUUCAUGAUAAUUUCUGUCAACGACAAGCUUUGGCCUCUCCAAUCCUCCACAUCUGCUCCAAUUUGCUCUCCAAAGACCGUGAUCCUCCCGCCACGCCUCAGGAACGCUUGUUGGAAGCUCCAAAGUUCAGUGAGAGUGAUGUUCAAGACUUAGCGCAAGCGGUGGAGAUAUCUAGGCAGGGAGCAGUGGAUAGUCUGCGUUUCACUGGGGGUGAUCUUUCAGCUGCUUUUAAGAACGAGUUGAGCCGCUUUAGGGUGAAUGUUGCUGCAAUGGAUGAGCUUGUUCGUGAGUAUUGCAUGUACAGAGGGCUGGUUAAAGGAUGCGCGAAGGGCGGUCCAAGUAGUGCGGUAGCAAUGCAGCUAAGUGAUGUCCUUGCGGCUGAUGUUGGCAAUGGAUUCAAAGCUAUUGGAGCCAGAGGGUCGAUUUCUCAGCCCACACCAACAGAUACGUGGCAAAAUGGAGAACAAGUACCUGCCGGCGUUGGUGACAAUGCUGCCUCAAAUCAUCAGCCAGAUACGGCAUUGGAGGAUUUAAGUGUUCUGACUGCAUUACGAGAAAACAUGGACUACUCUUCGCCGGAAGGAUUGGAAGACUUGCCAAAUGACGUGAAUAUGGAGGAACCUGCUAUGUCAGUCACCGAAGUGGCCGCAGAAUCUUUCUCUCAAGGAUCUUGCAGUAUGACAGCACCUGAGGAGAUUCGGGAUUCUGGUAUCUGUAGUACAAGCGGAUCCACCCACCUGGGUGUUAAUGGUUGUCGUUCAGCAUAUUUGCUUUCUGAGGGAAGCAAAGUCGAUUGUAGACGCCGCAGAUGGCAGGGAAGGAAACAAUUCAUGGCGGUUAGAGAGUAUGCUGAAGGUUUAUGGAACUCUUCCUCAGACCUAAAUAAUCUCAAGAACGGUCUAGAAGCAAGUGAUACAUCACGAUGUGCUUUUCUUACGGAUACGAAGAUGGAACACGUGGAUGCCUUUGAGAUGUAUGCAAGGGCAUUAGAAAUACGGCAAUUGGCGAGCGAGGGCAAAACCAACAGAGUAAUAUUGGAAACGUGCAAAUUGAACCCCAACUUUUUUGAGCAUAAUCCACAAAUCCUUUUUCAGCUCAAGCAGGUCGAGUUCCUCAAGCUGAUUGAAGGUGGAGACCUCUUUGGAGCAUUGAGUGUUGCUCGAGCUGAUUUAGGUCCUCUCGCUGCAAGGUUUCCUGACCUUCUUAAGCCACUCAAGGAGACACUUCUUGCUCUUGCACGCCCCAGCAGCGAACCUCCCCUUAAGCCAACUCCCCCAUCUGUGUUGGCAGCUGCGCUCCAGGUGGCCCUGGGGGCAAGUUUGGGUAUUGCAGAACCACAGUUGAUGAAGGUCAUGAGAGCCUCCCUUUACACUCAUACUCAAUGGUGUAAACUUCAAAUGUGUCCUGAUCGCUUUGCCGAUUUCCUCAACCUUAACACGCUCAAGGAACCUGAGGCAGCGGCAGAAACCUUAGAAUGCACCACAAAGGACUUGAAAACGGUUGGGGAAUCAGGUUCGUGUAUGUCGACAUCUGAAAUGAGCGGGAGCCAACUUUCUGACGCGCUGAGGGAUCGACCUCUCUUUGAUGACGCUUCCGUACUGACAUUAAUGGAAUUUCUGGCCUUGUCGAGAGGAGAUGCCAUCCGGUUGCUUAUGCAGUAUGAUGGAAGCGUGGAAAACGUCAUUCAACAUAUAGUGUCAUAACUUGCACGUUGUAUAGUCAAUAGUCUAACAACAUUGUCGUUGGCAGUGUGCUUUUUUUAAUCUUGGUGGACAAGCAUUUGGCUCUUUGCACAUUAUUGUCAGUAAAAAUGUAUGUAAUCCUAUGACCAAGGCCUUCAAAGAGGUGUGGUGUACUUGACGUGAUCUUCGUCCGUGAUCCUAUUCUCGUCCACGUUUAUUAAACUGGGUUGACACCGGUGCUGUAACAGUUCAAACCUAGACACUUCAUUUAGUAUUUCAGACUGUCGGCAGUACAGUACACUCCGCAUUUCUGCUCUGAGUUCAGGAUAUAACAUGAUGGCUUUUUUGCUUUCUGUUGAGAUCCAUGAAAUUACAGUAUUGAAAUAUUGCUAUGACCCAACCCAUAGCUUGGAAGGGUUGUUCUACUUACGAAGACGUGUCAAUUACAUGAUAUUAGAACAAUUUUUGUAA